AAACGUGACGAUACAAAAAGAAAAGAUUGGCUCCUCCCUUCUUUUGGAUGCUCCACACAACAUAGCCGCUACUAUUACUAGUACAUGUAAUCUGGAUGUAGAUGAUUGUAUCUGUAUCUGUAUGAUCUUUCCUGAUGAAAGCUUUGUUGAGAGUAGGGAUCUUGUGUACUGCAGUUUGCUUUUUGGCCACUCAGCAGCUGAUCACCAUUGAUAGUGUACAUGUAGCUACAUCAGAUUCUACAACCAGUCAGCAUUUGAAGGGAUUUCUCCAAGGCCAUCAUCAUCAUCCAAGUGCAACUGAACAUCAACACACAAGUCAACAGACAAGUCAAAACAAAGAGAAAAACAAAAAUGACAACAAAGUGCAAAAUGACAAUAAUAAAGAGAAAAAUGACACAAACAAUGCAAAAUUGGUGAAUGGUGAAUUACAGUGGAAAAGUGUGGAAUAUGAAAAACGCCAAUUUGCAUCUGAAAAGAUUUUAUUUUUCUUACACAUUCACAAGAGUGGAGGAACUGCCUUUUGCAAUUUGGCCAAAUUCCAGAUGCUGUCUACUAGCUCUACCAACUGCAAUGUCCAAGUGGAUCAAAGAUGCUGUGGCAAUCAAGACACUCUUCAAGCACAAGCGGACUAUGCUCAAUCCGCAGUCUAUGAUUUUGUGGCAGCCGAAGGGAGAAUGUAUGACAGUAUGGAUGUCAACCACUACAAUUACAUUCUCAUUUUUAGACAAUCCAUGGAUCGCUAUUACAGUCAUUGGAAGGCAGUCAAACAAGUCUACCGACAAUUGCCACCUUCUAUGCAAAUGGAAAAUGAUGAAGAAGAUAUACUUCAAGCAGCGGGUGGAAUUGGUGUGGCGGGACAAGCCAUUCUCACUCAUCACAAGGGGGCUGCUCCACUACAGCAAAAUGAACAAAUGGAAGCACAGUAUAACCACAUGGUGGAUCUGGUCAGAGAAACAAAAGAACAAAGAGUGCAGAGAAGACAACAAAAAAUGGCAGAAAUGGAAAUGUGGAAACAGCAGGCUGUACAAGUGCAAGAAGAAUUCAAGCAUCAACAGCAGCAACCCAUUCAGCAACAACAAGCAGAAGCAGAACCAAUACCGUUCCAAAAUGAACCACCACCACCUCCACCCGAAUUGAAAAUGGAAGAUUUCACCCUCGAUGCUGAUAAAAACCUGGGAAUAUUCAUGCCCAAUCGACGACGAAGACGGUUGCAAGAAGAAGAUGAAGAAUCGUCUGUAUUACAACACUUGCAGGUAGCUCUCUCCCCGCAAUCCAGACAAAAGCUAGUCAACGAACUGCACGAGCUGCACCAUCCCCACGACGACAAUAAACCUCCUCCGCUCAUUCCACAUCCCGCACAAGAUCCAGCCACUGCCUUUCGCGAAGGUCAACAAUUUCAAAUGCCCGUCUUUGGACGUACCUUUCAAGAAUGGUGGCAAACACAACCGGACAAUUGGAAUUUUCGACAACUCUGUGGCACCCACUGUCAAUCGGUACCAAAGUACCAACUGACCAUGGAACAUUGGUCCUACACACUCAGUCGACUGCUACGAUUCGAUACCGUGCUCUUUUUGGAAGAUUUGGAUGCCUCCCUUCAAGUACUCGCAUCUCGACACCCGCACUAUUGGAAUCAAUCCCGUACUCUGCACGAAAUGAACAUGGCACUCUAUCAACACGAACAAGCCACGGCCAUUCAAAAAGAAAAAUCGAAUGCAAAACGAACCAUCGAAAGGACAGACGCGGAAUGGAAGGAAUGGUAUCGAAAGAAAAAGGAAGACGCCAUGAUGAAAAAGAUGAGAGUUCCGGAAGAAGAUCGACGAUUCAAAAAGAAACAACUUCAAAAAUGGGAUCCGCUCAUGUCCGCCGUGGACGAUGCACUCUACAAUGUCGCACAACGUUGGGAAACACUCAAACAGAAAAAGGAAAAACAGCAACAGCAGCAAUCUACAGAUAUUACCAAUCAAGAAUUGGGGACCAUUUCCGAUCUCUACUCAUUGCCACAGCAAAUACACGAAAUGCUGCAGUUUUACAUGGACGAAGAUGGCGUGCACCGACAGCUGUGUGAGAACGAAUGCUGUGAGUCGCAGUGUUCGGCGUGGUAGUACCGUAUUGGACAGUGCCUGAUACAGAAUGACGUCCAUGUGUAAGCAGUGGGUCGGAUGGAAUCACAAUGCCACGGGAGAGCAACAUUUGCGAAUAGAAUCGAAUCUACUUGGCCAAACUUCGGGUGGAAAAUCUUCCGAUCGAGACACCCAAACGUGUGCCACGCACUUUGACAGUUUCUUCAAGAUGAUACGGUUCGACGAGCACUGAUGCGCAAUCACCAACCACUGAAUCCUCCUUCCAAACAAAGUGCAAUCCGAGAGAAUCGUAGCAUCAUUUGGGCGACGGAAGGAUGGUUGUGGCGGUCCCCAUCUAAAACGUCAGGGGAUACGGCCUGUUUUUUUUACGGUGCCAAUACCGGCAUUGAAUGAAUACGUAUCUGUUUUUACAUGAUCCGUCGGCUGAGUCGGUACCGGCGGGGGACAAUGCUUCCUAGUGGGGCAAGUUUUUGUAGGCGCGGAUGGGACCCUCCGUCAAACUCUUUGCUAGUUAUUAGUUAGGGCAUAAAACUCUAGAGCUUAUGCAGCUGAUUGCGUUGCCUUUC